ACUCUUUAUGCACUUCCAUAACUUCGUCGACUCCCACUCUCCUCCCCCUAUAUAUAUACAUAUAACCCUCUAUCCCCCUCUCUCACCCACAUUCAAAUCUCUCAUAAACAAACCCUUCCUCCUCUGCUUUCCUCUGUUUUUAGCAAACCAUGGUGGUCCUUGCAAAUCCACCCACUGAGCAAAUCUCCAUCAUAAAACCUCAAAAACCCCAUGCUUAUUUCUCCGGGGUCCCCGUUAUCGAUCUCUCGACGCCCGGAAGUGAUGCGGCCAUCGUUAGAGCCUGCGAAGAGUUUGGCUUCUUCAAAGUAACCAACCACGGAGUCUCGAAGGAGCUCAUGGCGAAGCUGGAAGCAGAGGCCGUCAAGUUCUUCUCUUUGCCUCAGUUUGAGAAAGAGAAAGCGGGGCCCCCUAAUCCUUCUGGUUAUGGGAAUAAGAGGAUUGGGCCUAAUGGAGAUGUGGGUUGGGUUGAGUACCUUCUCUUCGAGAUUAACUCUAAGCCCAUGUCCUCAGUUUCUCUUGCCUUUCUCAGAGAGCCUCUGGCUAGCUCAUUUCGCUCUGCCUUGAAUGAGUACAUAUCAGCAAUAAGGAACUUGGCUGCUGAAGUACUGGAGCUAAUGGCUCAAGGGCUGGGCAUGAAACAAAGAGACAUAUUAAGCAAGCUCGUGAUGAGUCAAGACAGUGACUUAAUGUUCAGGCUCAAUCACUAUCCUCCAUGUCCAGUGCUUAAAGAGCUCAACUGCAACUUGACAGGAUUUGGAGAGCACACGGAUCCUCAAGUGAUCUCAAUAUUGAGAUCAAACAACUCUAAUGGCUUUCAAAUUGCUCUCAAAGAUGGAGGAUGGGUCUCUGUUCCUCCAGACCAAGACUCUUUCUUCAUUAAUGCUGGAGACACCUUGCAGGUCCUAACAAAUGGCAGAUUCAGAAGUGUGAGGCACAGGGUAGUGACCAAUGGUUCAAAAUCAAGAGUCUCCAUGAUAUUUUUCGGAGGGCCACCACCAAAUAAAAUAAUUACACCUUUGCCCCAGCUACUGGGAGAAGAGAAGAAGAGCAGGUACAUUGAGUUAACAUGGGCCGACUACAAGAAAGCUGCCUAUAAAUCAAGACUGGCUGAUAACAGGCUCGCCCUCUUUGAGAAACACAUGACUUAAUAAGAGGGAGAGAGUUACAAGGAAGAGAGAGCUCUACAGCCCUCUCAUUGAUUGAUUUGUCUGCGAUGCUUUGAUGUUGGUGCCUGUGCCCUUUCUACUUUGGGCUGGCUGCUUGGUCAACAACAGGCUGGCAUUCUAUAGGUGACCUUUGCUUUCUCAACCCCUUCUAACCAAUUAUAGAAACAAAAUAGGUUUCCCUUCUCUCUCCUCUCUUGCUCUCUCUUUCUCUCUCCUCUUUUCACCCCUAGAUAGGCACUUUCGUGAAUCAUGCGGUGUAAUGGAAUCUGUCCACACCCACCACAUGAAUAGAAGAAAUAGCUGGUCCUUUAGUUUAGUAAGAUGCCUAUGUCUUGUUCAACGUUGAAAGAAAGUGUUGAUGUGGCUUUUGGUCAACACCAUCAAGUAUGAUAUAAGUCUAUUAUUACCUGUGACUAUAUUUUUAAUCGUGUGAUAUAAUGGAGAUGAUGUAGAUGUUAAUUAAACGCAAUUAAAUC